AUAAGCCCACUUGUUUUGAUUACUCUUUAGCAUGACAUCUUGCAUAUAAAUCAGUAUAUAUCUUGUAAUCUUAAGUGUGAAUCCAAGCUAUUAUAUAAACCAACACAUUUCUCAUCAAUUUCCACAUCCUAACCUCAAAACACAGCAAAAUAAUAACAGUUAAGACAAUGGCAACUAAUUUGUUUCUUAUGUUGAUAUUGCUCUCUCAUGUUGCAUCAUCUCUCUCAGAGGGAUGCCACCCACAUGACAAAAAAGCCCUUCUCCAAAUCAAAAAAGAACUCAACAACCCAACUCUUCUCUCUUCAUGGAAACCACACACUGAUUGUUGCAACUCUAAUUGGCACGGUGUUAAUUGCAUACCCUCUAACCGCGUUUACUAUCUAACUAUCGAAAUCGACGAUGACCUCGCUUCUUUAUUUCCUCCCUCUAUUGGUAACUUACCAUACUUGGACAGUCUAUUUAUAUAUCAAUUACCAAACCUCACUGGCACAAUCCCUCAGUCCAUAAUCAAACUCACAAACCUCAGAUCCCUCACAAUCAGGGCAACUACCAUAUCAGGUCCAAUACCAAACUUCAUUGCCAAAAUGAAAAGCCUCACUCACUUGGAUCUUUCAGAUAAUCAUCUCUCUGGGACACUUCCUCCAAACCUCUACCAAUUGCCUAAUCUUGAAGCAAUCAUCCUUGAAAACAACAAACUAACAGGUCCAAUCCCCAUCUCAUUGGCAAGAUUGAACUCAUUGGAUGUUGAUUUGUCUCAUAAUAGACUUGAAGGUGAUGCGUCGAUGUUUUUUGGUUUAACUAAACAUACAGAAACGAUAAACCUUUCAUGGAACAUGUUUUCGUUUGACAUGGGAAAGCUAGAGUUGCCUGAGAGCUUAAGACUUUUAGGUGUGAGUCACAAUCGGGUUUAUGGGAAACUCCCCGACGGUGUGAAGAAUUUGCAGUGGUUGAAUGUGAGUUACAAUAGGCUGUGCGGUGAGAUUCCAAAGGUUGGUUAUUUCUCGACUUUCCCAGUGUCUUCGUUCGUUCAUAACAAAUGCUUGUGUGGUUCUCCUCUUCCAAGCUGCAAGUGA